UUUUUUUUGGAUAAAACGUUACUCAUCAAACCUAACUCUCUCUCUAGAAAAUGAAUAUCUCCAAGGCUAUAACAUUGAAAUCUUGUUUCUUGUUAGCAUCAACUUUGAUGCUAUUCACCUUAUCAGUCUGCGACACAUCCAAGGACAAAGAAGCAUGUGCACAGUCAUUAGUGGGAUUAGCAACAUGUCUGCCUUAUGUAGGAGGAACUGCAAAAUCCCCCACACCAGAUUGCUGCAAUGGUCUCAAGCAACUUCUCAAAACCAACAAAAAGUGUCUGUGUGUGGUUAUUAAGGAUAGAAAUGAUCCUGAUUUAGGCCUCAAUAUUAAUGUAACACUUGCUCUGUCUCUUCCUCAUAUUUGUAACGCCCCGGCUAAUAUUUCACAGUGCCCGGCUCUCCUCAACUUGCCACCAAAUUCACCAGAUGCUCAGGUUUUUUACCAACUUGGGGAAAAUGCUGCCGGCCCUGUAGCAGGAGGGCCAGCUGGUAGUGCGGCGGUUCCGAGUCCAAGCAGUGGCGGACCACCCACGUCGCAGCAGAAAACCGGUGGUUGUGGUGGCAAACUGAAUACCAACAGACUACUUCUUACGGCCUUUGCUGCUGUUAUAACACUAUUUUCUCCUCAACUUUAAAAACUAAACUCAACUAAAAUAAAAUUAUAGUACUUCCAUCUUUUCAUUCCAGUAUGCGUUCACGAUAUUUCUCUUUUUUCCAAUCUGUGUGGAGUAAUAAAGUUAAGUUAUUUAUCCUUUGAA